AUAACUAUGCCAAUCUUGGGCUGCCCAUCUAAAUUCCAGAGACUUCAUAUUCUUACGCAAUACCAUCUGAUGUUUUUUCCCAUCCUUUAUAGCUCAACUAAGGGAUUUGGCGUGGCAAAGAUUGCACUGCUCACCUUUAUCUCUGCAGUUAUUCUUAUGGCUAUCCUGGGGAAUCUGCUGGUGAUGGUGGCUGUUUGCAGGGACAGGCAGCUCAGGAAAAUCAAGACCAAUUAUUUCAUAGUUUCUCUUGCCUUUGCUGACUUGCUAGUAUCAGUUUUGGUGAUGCCAUUUGGAGCUAUUGAACUGGUUCAAGACAACUGGAUUUAUGGAAAGAUGUUCUGUUUGGUUCGCACAUCUUUAGAUGUCCUCCUCACUACAGCAUCAAUUCUCCACCUCUGCUGUAUCUCACUAGACAGGUACUAUGCUAUCUGUUGCCAGCCACUGGUUUAUAGGAAUAAGAUGACUCCAUUGCGUAUUGCUCUGAUGCUGGGAGGAUGUUGGGUAAUCCCAAUGUUUAUUUCUUUUCUCCCUAUAAUGCAAGGCUGGAAUAGCAUUGGCAUCGUGGACUUGAUAGAGAAAAGGCAGUUCAACAAUGUGUCCAAUGCAACGUACUGCAUAUUUAUGGUCAACAAGCCCUAUGCCAUCACCUGCUCAGUGGUGGCUUUCUACAUUCCCUUUCUGCUAAUGGUGCUAGCUUACUACCGGAUAUACAUUACAGCCAGAGAGCACGCUCACCAGAUACGAAUUCUACAACGUGCAGGGGCACCAACAGAUGGAAGGCCGCGUCACCCUGAUCAGCACAGCACACACCGUAUGAAGACUGAGACUAAAGCAGCCAAGACCCUCUGUAUCAUCAUGGGCUGUUUCUGCUUAUGCUGGGCACCCUUCUUUAUCACAAAUGUAAUAGACCCAUUCAUAGGUUAUGCGGUUCCUGGUGAGCUAUGGACUGCUUUUUUGUGGCUUGGAUAUAUCAAUUCAGGAUUGAAUCCCUUCCUUUAUGCAUUCUUGAACAAGUCUUUCAGACGUGCCUUCCUCAUCAUCUUGUGUUGUGGCGAUGAACGAUACCGAAGGCCUUCCAUCUUGGGGCAAACUGUGCCCUGUUCCACGACUACUAUCAAUGGAUCAACUCAUGUGCUAAGGUACACAGUCUUGUACAAUGGGCAUCAUCUGGAACAUGACAAGCUUCCAAUCCACAAUGACCCAGAAUCCCAAGAGUCCUGCUUCUGACUAAGGGCCCAGAAUGUGAUCUACCAGACAGGAUAGUCAAAAGAUGAACAUGUGUCAAGAACCUAAUGCCAGAUCAAUAUUGACUGCAUUGCCAUAGUGCUCUCCUGUACUGAUUUGACGUUGGUGCCAAUAGCAAGAGUCUGUUUACCCACAGGGAAGAAUGGGCACGUUUUACAAAGGACAAAGGCGAUCUUUUUGUUGCUGCAGAGCGAUGCCUGGAAAGUCAUAGUGCUUUGCAUGUGAUGAGCAAACA